CCUCUGGCUGCAUCUCGGCCUCUUUGCUCCUAUUUGCUCGCGCGGACCCUGUCCCUUGCCUAAGUCGGCAACAUGAGCGGCAACAACUUGGAUGGGAACGACGAGUUUGAUGAGCAGUUGCGAAUGCAAGAAUUGUACGGCGACGCCAAGGACGGCGACACCCAGAAGGAUCCCAGUGGAGAGCCCGAUUCUUUCGGGCAGCAGCCGGCUGACACCCCGUACGAGUGGGACCUGGACAAGAAGGCUUGGUUCCCCAAGAUCACUGAAGAUUUCAUUGCUACAUAUCAGGCCAAUUAUGGCUUUUCUAAUGAUGGGGCAUCUAGCUCUACUGCAAAUGUACAAGAAGUCAGCGCUAGGACUGCAGAAGAACCUCCUCAAAGAAAAACCCCUGAACCCAGUGAUCCCAAAAAGAGGGGAGAAAAGAGAAAGGCCGAAUCAGGAUGGUUUCACGUUGAAGAAGACAGAAAUACAAAUGUAUAUGUGUCUGGUUUGCCUCCAGACAUUACAGUGGAUGAAUUUAUACAGCUCAUGUCCAAGUUUGGCAUUAUUAUGAGAGAUCCUCAAACGGAAGAAUUUAAGGUCAAACUUUACAAAGAUAAUCAAGGAAAUCUUAAGGGAGAUGGUCUUUGCUGUUAUUUGAAGAGGGAAUCUGUGGAUCUCGCGUUAAAACUCUUGGAUGAAGAUGAAAUUAGAGGCUACAAAUUACAUGUUGAAGUGGCAAAGUUUCAACUGAAGGGGGAAUAUGAUGCUUCAAAGAAGAAGAAGAAGUGCAAAGACUACAAGAAAAAGCUGUCUCUGCAACAGAAGCAGUUGGACUGGAGACCUGAGAGACGAGCCGGCCCAUCCCGCAUGCGGCACGAGCGAGUUGUCAUCAUCAAAAAUAUGUUCCAUCCGAUGGAUUUUGAGGAUGACCCAUUGGUGCUGAAUGAAAUCAGAGAAGACCUUCGAGUAGAGUGUUCAAAGUUUGGACAAAUUAGGAAGCUCCUUCUCUUUGAUAGACACCCAGAUGGUGUGGCCUCUGUGUCCUUCAGGGAUCCAGAGGAAGCUGAUUAUUGUAUUCAGACUCUCGAUGGAAGGUGGUUUGGUGGCCGUCAAAUCACUGCCCAGGCGUGGGAUGGAACUACAGAUUAUCAGGUGGAAGAGACCACAAGAGAAAGGGAGGAAAGGCUGAGAGGAUGGGAGGCUUUCCUCAAUGCUCCCGAGGCCAACAGAGGCCUCCGGCGUUCGAAUUCCGUUUGUGCUUUGGAAAGGGCAGGGCCUUCUAGAGUAAGGCAUUUUUCAGAGCACCCUAGCACAUCUAAAAUGAAUGCACAAGAAGCCACAAAUGCAAUGGCAUUCGAAGAACCUAUCGAUGAAAAGAAGUUUGAAAAAACCGAAGAUGGGGGAGAAUUUGAAGGAGAUGCUUCUGAAAAAGAUGCCAGAGAGAGUGGCCCCGAGAAAGAGGCUGAAGAAGGCUGCCCCCAGAAAGAAUCUGAAGAAGGCUGCCUCAAAACAGAGUCUGAGGAAGGCUGCAGUCCUGAGAAAGAGUUCGAAGAGGGUAGUCCUAAAACAGAGUCUAAAGAGAAUGGCCCCGAACGGGAAUCCAAAAAGAAGAGGCUCAAAGAUGAUUAUGAAGAGAAUGGCCUUGAAAAGGAAUCUGACCAAGACGGCCCCAGCAAGGAGUAUGAAGAGGAUGAGAGCCCCCAAAAGGAGUCUGAUGAAGACGACUCGGAAAGGGAAUCUGAAGAAGACUGCUCUGAAAAGCAGUUUGAAGACGGCUCCGAGAAAGAAUUUGAAGAGAACGGCCUUGAGAAGGAUUUUGACGAGGACGGCUCCGACAGGGAGUUUGGUGAAAACAUUCUCGGUAGGGAGUUCGAAGACAAUGACUCUGACAAAUCGGAAUUUGGAGAUAGCAGCUCCGAAAGAGUGUUUGAGGAGGAGGUCUCCGAGAGAGAGUUUGACGAAGAGUCCGAUGACAAGGAAGAAGGGGAAGACACAUACGAAAAGGUGUUUGAUGACGAGUCAGACGACAAGGAGGACGAAGACUACGCAGAUGAAAAGGGGCUCGAAGACGCUGACGAGAAGAUGUUCGAAGACUCGGAUGACAAAGAGGACGAGGAAGAAGGAGUAGAGGUAAAGGAAGAUGAAGACGUGGACGAAAAGAUGUUCGAAGAGGAUGAUUCCAACGGGAAGCUGUUCGACGACGAGGAUUCCAGUGAGAAGCUGUUUGACGACUCUGACGAGAGAGGGACAGUGAGGGGCGUGGGGAACGUGAAAGACGAAGGGCCCCUCUCCACAGGCAGCAGCUUUGUCCUCAGUAGCGACGACGACGUCGACGACAUUUAAUCCCUUAAACUUGCUUGGUAGGGAGCUUCCUCCAUCCGCAUUCUGCCCGUGCUCCAGGGUAAUCGCUAGUAGUGUUACAUGAACGUGUGCCUAGUGGUAGGAUGCC